GUGUUUCGCGUAUGACUCGUGUAUCCUAGGAUUUUCCAUUUGGAUAUUCAUCUGAUUUCCUGCAACCAGCAGGACCCACGAUCACUAAAGGAUCGAGUGGGAACUACAUAACCCGUCAAACGAACGAAAUGACGCUGUCGUCUCAGCUGGAAGGGAUGCGUCGACAGAAGUCUCCCGCGGUCCCCGUUAGCCCUGGGGGCCCUGCCAGACCCGGGGGCCCCGUUAGUCCCGGAGCUGGUAAGGAGCCGGGAGAGUUCUCCUUCCUGAGACGCAAACUGGCGCAGUUCCGCAGCGGCAAAUGGCGGCGUUCCGCCGAUGGGUCGAGCAUGGUGCGCUCCCAGAGCUGGAACCACGGUCUGCAGUCGAUCAGCAAACUGCAGAGCGAGUGGUCUACGUCACUCACCUCGCUGAGGGAAAACGAGGUGGUUGAGGUUGUGGGCAACAGGCCUGGACCCGAGAUUCGAGACAAGGACAGAAAACCUCUGACUCGCAGCCAAAGUGUUUGUCACAAAGUUCCUCCCCCCCAGGUGCUGCGGUUCAGAACACCAUUUGAGGGCGACGUCAGUGACUCACGGGUCAGGCAAAGACCGUUAUCAUUUACUGGAGACUCAAGGAGCGAAUCCCUUACUAGAUUCUAUAGAUCUCUUGAUGACGACUUUGGAGGAGAAUCAAACAGCUUCAAGCCACUGGCCGCUUCAUGUGACAGGCUGAUAGACGACCGUGAGGAUGAUAGCUUCUAUACCAGCACGCUGGGAUUCACCCGCCAAAUCGGGUUUCGCCGUUCCCUCCAUUGUGUCCCGACAGCUUCUGGACCAAUCCAGGAUAGGAUAUCCAGGCGUCUCGGCAACCAAGAAGAGGGUCGGUCUCGGAGUCUGACACAUAUGGAUGCUCUCGAGCCUGGAGCCGUGUUCAAAGAUGACAGUGAGAGUUCCCGUCUGAUCGUGCCGUCCUUGCAGGCUCGUCGCCAGAAGCUCGCGCGGUCCCAGGUCUCCAGUUCUGAGUAUUUCAGCGUCAGUUUUGACGUUGGUUCCAACGUUGAAGAAGACGAGUUCGUCGUCGCCUCUAAAGGAACUUCGCUAGCUGAAGCACUUAACUCUGUGUGUGAAAAAAGGGGAAUCGAUCUCAGCAAUGUCAACGUGUACCUGGACUCGUACAAGACUCCAUUGCCCAUCCUCACAACGGAAACAUCGUGGCUGGGGGGGAAACAUAUCCUCAUCAAGGGUAAAGACGACCGACCCCAGCCUACAUCCCAGAGGCCAAAGACCAAAGUUUCACAAGUCUCGCACUCCAGAAAGUCUUCAGGGUACCGGGCUCGAAGUGGAAGGUUCUUCAGCGCUAGCACUGAGGAGGCCGCGGCGGAGGGACCCGACCCAGCAGUCAAAACGAACAAGUCUUCUAAACAGAGGUGGAGUGGACUGUUCGGCAACACUAAGGAUACGAAAAUGGAGGCACUUGUGGAGCAUCUCAACAAUUACAGCAAACACGGCAUUCCUCAACUCCCCAACGCGGACGAGGAUUUGGAAGAGGCCCUGUACAACCUCGAGGAGGACUGGCGGGAUAUUGUUGAUAACGCUGCAAGUCUGCCAGAGAGAGUUCAGCAACAACAGACAGCUGUGUGGGAACUGGUCCACACAGAGGUGGCUUACAUCCACACUCUCAAGGUCGUCACCGAUCUGUUUUUGUCUUGCCUAACGAAUCUUCAAGCAGCCAACAUUCUGUCAGACGUAGACAAGACUAGACUCUUCAGCAACAUAACUGAGAUCUACAACUCAAACCGCAACUUCUGGAGCAACCAUUUGCUGCCGAUGUUGAGUGCCAGUCGGGAGUCGAGACAAGUGCUCAACGCACAGUUGAUGCUCAAAGGGUUCCUCCAUUUUGAAGAAAUAUUUAGACCCUAUACCAAGUACUGCGCCGAGCAGUCGCAAUGCCAGCAAUACUGUAGAGAAAAGCACAGUGAUAGUGAACUGUUCACGGCUUACCUUGUGUGGUGUGAGACUCAGAAGGACUGCAAUAGACUACGACUGAUGGACAUCCUAGUCAAGCCUAUGCAGAGGAUUACCAAGUACUCACUACUGUUGAAGGCUAUCCAGAAACACACGGAGGCUGAGGACCUUAGACUCUCCCUUGACCAGAUGAUAAGAGGGGUGGAUCAGUUUGUAAAUAGUGUAAAUACAACCCUUCGGCAGAAACAGGAUCUAGAGAAGCUUCGAGCAGUUAUAUCCAGGAUCGAAGCUUACGAUGUUGUUGAGUCCAAGGACGAGGACCUGGAGAGGUUGGUUCGCAGCUACAACGACCUUGACCUCACCUGCCCUAUGCCUGGAUGUUGUAACUCUCAAAGAAGACAACUGCUGCUGGAAGGUGACCUCAAGAUAAAAGAUAACCAGACGUCCAAGAUGGACGUGCACUGCUUCUUGUUCACGGACCUGCUGCUCGUGUGCAAGGCGACCACCCGGAGGUCAGAGGGUAGGUUCCGCGUCCUGAGGCAGCCUUACCUGGUGGAGAGGUUGGUGGUCCAGGAACUACCCAGGGACUCCGCCACGUUGGCUGUCGUAUACCUAUCAGAGUACAGGGUGCCUUGCGGGGCGUUCCUGCUGACUUCGCCGGACCCGAAGAUGCUCAAGAACUGGUCGACUCAAAUAAAGAAGGCCCAGGAUCUUUACGCACGAGCCAAGCAGGCGACGACAGCGACUCAUUCCAUUCUGGCGCUGAGUCGACAACCCAGCAGCUUCUACGAGGAGGAAGGCUCCUGGCAGGAAGAUGUUGGGGAGAAGGACGUCGACAGUCACUCGGUGGCUUCCCUAGGGCUGUUCCCUCUCAGGAGUCCUAAGGGUUCCACCAGGUGUAGCAGUCUUAACCACUCACACAGUGGCUCGGUGGAGAUGGAGAACUCGUCUAUAAGCGCUGGAAGUGUGAGUCAGUCGAGAGGAGUGAGUGUUGAGAACGAAGUCAGAGGCUCAAGUCAGAGUUCAGACGAAGGAGUUCCUGUUAUCACGGAGAGGGGGUAUCACUCCAGCAGUCCUAGGGGAGACAGACGCAAGUGCACCAGCCCCAAUACACUCAGUAUCCAAGUGCCAGUUUUCUCUUGUCUUGGCCAGUCUCUGCCGGAUCUCAACCAAGUGGCUGCCUCCACCUCCUCCGGUACCACCCUGUUGGUACCUCCUCGUGGCACCCCGCUACGUGGCACCUCCUACCCUCCUCCCAGCCCACCCCUACGUCGCGCCCCGGCCCUCACGUUAUCUCGCAACCCUCCCCUGCUCAAGACCAGACACAUCGCGUCCACAGGCAGCUCCGUCCUUCCGUCUGCUCCUAGCUGCGAACUGGAUAUUCCGGUCAUACAAGCUGGAGAAGUUGACUGUGGGACCGAUGUUGGGGAAGGAACUAGCGGUCAACAUCAACAGCACAGACAGGCGCUGAUAAAGAGACUGACGAGGACUGAUAAGAGAUAUCACACGGCGGGUGUCAUAGAGGAGAUCAAGAGACAGGACACCCGUGACUCCAGCAUUCACAAGCGGCUCUCCUGGAACUGUGGAGGAGCCAGUAACGACGCCGCCCACCUCCACAGGCCCAUGGUGACGUCAUCGCUGGGUCUGUCCACAGACAGUGUCCGUAGCUCCUCCGGCGUCUCUUCCACUGGCGAGAGCGUCGCCAGCGGCCUCAACGUGGCCGAGAGUGAUGUCAACAUGAGGGAGCUAAGGGAGAUGUACCAUGAGCAGUGCUCUUGCACAACCCCGCCUGCCUCGCCUAUGUCCGAACAGCUGACGCCUGGGGCAAGUUCACUCUCGAGCUCUAGAAGUCAGCUCGCAGAAAUCAUUCUAAAUGACCCUUCAUUGGAAUCCUCUGACGUCUGAGAUUCAAGGACAGUUGGUAACUCCUGGAUCCAGCUGGUUUACUAUGGACCAAGGUUUACCAACUUACUUCAACCGUUUGGAGAUCAACUUGUUCUCAUGUGCUCGGACUUAAAGCGGUAUAUACUUAUCAUUGGACGAGAGUUUUCUACAAGUUUUGUGAAUUGCAAAGACAAACUAUUCAGAACUGAAAAAGCCAGGUAGAUUUCACCAAAGCUCUUAGACAUAAUGGGAUGUAUACAAGAAGCAAUGUUAUAUUAGUGUAAAUAGUAAAUACAGGUAUUGGUUUUUAUAUUAGCUGUGGCUUAAAUACUAAAAUAUGUUCGUAUUUUAUGUCACUGUGUUUGCAAAAUGUUAAAACGUACUAAAAUUGUUUUUUGGUCCAAUUAAGCCUGUUCAGUAGUAGUAAUGUAUUUUGUAAUAUUUACAGUAUCGUUGGACUUGUAUCUCAAGCAUUUUCUUGCCCAUUAAUUUUCGUAUACCUUUGUGCCUAACUGAUGUUUAAUAUUUUGUAGUAUUUCUUCUCUUUAGUGUUAUUUGUCUAGACUUUUAAAUCUUUAGUAUUCCUACUGUUACAUAUUACGGUUACUAAGGGUGACCUUAGCUUGGAUAAUAAUGUAGAACUAUUACAAACAGGCCAUGAAACCCCAGACUAGACUACUUAUAAGUGUCCGUAAAUGAUAUAAUUGUAGCGCAUUCUAUGUAUUUGUAAUGUUUUAAUUUUUUUCGUUUUAAAGGUUUUUACCCAAAAAGCGUAGAAUUCUACUCAUAUAAUUACAUAUUGUUAAUAGAUCUCAAUGUAUAUAUCAAUAUAGCUUUGUAAAUAACAUUGGACCAAUUCCCAAAUUGAAAUGCAACUAUUGGUAAAUAUAUCAUGCAUUAUAUUGAUUCAGGGAGUGUUAAAUAAUGUCCUUAGUCGUUGAAAGGACAUAUUGUACAUUUUUUUUAACUACCUAUCAUACUACUUUACCUACUAAACUGACCAUUUGUUAUAAUACGUCUGCUUAAAAUAUAUUUUCUAUAAAUAAAUAUGUUGCUACUUCUAAUGUUACCAUGUGUUAAAACUUCUUCUGUUAUUUAUAACGCAAUCACAUUAAUCUUUUGUUCUGUAAACACUUGUUUGACCACAAAUUAUAUUACUUUUCGGAUGUAUACUUUUAUACACAUUUAUUGUACACCUUUUACUUUAAUUACUAAUCACAUCUCCAAACAUUACCUAUAAUUGAGCCACAACUAGUUAUGAUCUUUCUUGUACAGUUACCAUUUCUUUUGUGACUUUUUUUGUUAACAUGUACAGUGACAAUGUUCCCAACCAAUUUAUACUUCUCGUAUUAUAUAAAUUUCAACUUAUUUUUAAACUAAGUUGUGCCAUUUUUACUAUAAAUUACUGUUUAAGUUGAUGUAUUUUUUUUACAGACAGUUUUUAUAACUUUGGUUAUUAAUAUACAACGUCUAUUUAAUACUUAGACUAUAAGAGUACUCCAAAGCUUAUUUAAUACUCUUUCCAGAUUUUAAAUAAAGUAAAUCAUUCUUUUACUCUGUUAACUAUUUUCAACUUGAUCUUUUUGAUGCCAUCGUAUUCCUGUACUGAAAUGGCCUAAUUAGAUUUUAAUCAUUUGGACCAAUGAUAAUAAUUUACAUAUAAUUGUAUCAUGUAUUGUAUAAAUAGAUAUUUUGCUACGUAAAAUGACGGGAGAAAAUGUAUUGCAAUAUUCUAUGUUAUCACAAUAGCGUAUUUUAUAUAAAGCAAUACUAAUAGAGUAGAACUUUGCUUCCUUCCAUUAGGGAAAUUGUUUCCUCAGCUGUCUAUAAAUUUUAACCUGUAAAAAAAAUUAAAUGUUUUAAUAGGCUAUAUUGCUAAAUUAACAUCAAGCUAGAAACAUUUUUUGAUUUUAAAAUGGUUUAAGUGCAGACUGUUUUUAUUAAACUGUAUAAUCCAUGAUAUUAGCCUCGCAACACAUUUUUUGGACACACAGAUAAUUAUAUUGUUUUAAAACUAAACCGGUUUUACUAUAUUAUUUUGGAUUUACUCAGCUUUUUAAGACCAUAGUUACCGAUAACAAAUAAUUUUCCGAAUUCUCAUUAGUUGGUCAAAAGUAUCUAGCUUGUAGUUUAGUCAAACGGUCUCCUAAAUUUAGACAUUUCCGAGUAUUAAAAAACUACGAGGUUUGAUAAAAAAAGUAAUUUUAUCAUAGUUUGGUUUGAGUGUAGCGACCAAAAUAAAGUCUUACAUUCCACCAUAGAUAAAACAUAGCCCCUUUGUAGAUUUCCCAUCCUUAUGGAACAGCUGAAGCCAAUUGUAUUGUUAGUUCUGUCCGGUUUAUCUGUAGAUGUCGUGUUUUGUUUACCACUUGUUUCUUGUCAUUUCAGUAGUUUAAAACCUCGUUUAACCAAAUAAAACUAUCUAAUCAUAAACAACAUCUUGUCCACUGGCUACAUGUUAAAACAGAGUGACACAAUUAAUGAUAAACUAACUCUAAAAUAAUAGAAACAAAUUGAAAACUAAACAUUACAUCUACAGAAAACCGGACAGAACUAACGAUAAAAUUUGCUUCAGCUGUUCCAUAAGGAUGGCAAAUCUACUAAGGGCCUAUGUUAUAUCUAUGAUUCCACGAAGCCUUCCGUUUACCAAAUUUAUUUGUUGUUACCAGCUGUUGUAAUGUGUUUUUGUAAAUAAUUUGUUUACUGGAUUCGUGUGAAUUCAAAAAUUAAAAAGUUAAAAUUAGUUUGGAGGUUUUGGAAAUAAGCAACUGUAAUUUAUGUUAUUUUGAGAAAAAACUGUAGUUUUAAAAGUUAAGUUAUAUGAAGCUUACAAAAUUUUAGGCAUCUCCUGUUUUGUAAUAUACAUUUUUGUAAAACAAAUUUUUAACAUAAAGUAAACACAGUUCGAGUGCAUAGAACUAUGAUGUAAUAAACAGAUGGAUUAUUUGUUUUUGUUUAUUAUUUUAACAAUUUUAUGAGUUGAACACAACAAAAAAUAAAUUAUAAAUUAGUAAAAAUGUAAUAUCACUCAUUUAUACAAAACAUAACUAAGGCGACAUAUUAAUUAAUUGUUUGAAUACAUCUUUCACUGGUUAGAUAGUUUACAUUUUAAUUAAAAAUUAAAAGUAGUGUCAGGUUUUUUGAGCUUCUUGAUAUUUGAAUUCACAAGACCCAAGUGAUCGAAGGGGGACAACGUCUUAUAAUAUAUACAUAUAUAUAGCUUACUGUAGAACAGUUGACUAUUGUAUAUAAGUAGACUCGAUUCGCAGAAUAUAAUAAUGACUAUUAUAUUUUGUAUCAAAGAUUAGGUUUGCACAGUAAAGCAAAUGUAAUAUAGCAGUGUCGAAAGUAGGAUCGAAGUGACUUGAUAUGUAAAUUUAAAAUAUGGACAAAUAAAAGGCCUUCAAAGUGUAA